GCUGAGCCCCGCGCUCGCCGCCGCCGCAAGUCGCGAAGACGCGGCGGGUCGCUGGAGAGCCGCGGGGAGACCGCCUCGGACGUCCCCUCCGCCCCGCGGAGGCUGCGGCCCCUCGUCCCCUCGUCCCCGGGGCUGCUCUCUAGCUUUACCAUGAACCUGGCGCGAGCUUGGCUUUAGGAGAAAUUCAGAAGCCGGAGGGCGAGUCAGUGCAAUUCUUUGGUUGCUAAGGAUUUAUUUAUUUUGAGAGCAGAGAAGUGGGAGGAGAGAGAAAUCUAAGCAGACUCCCCAUUGAGUGUAUAGCCUGAUGAGAGGCUUAGUUUCACCACCCUGAGAUCAUAACCUGAGCCAAAAUCAAGUAGGACACUCAACCAACUACACCACGGAGGUGCCCCUGCUAUUUCACUCCACUCUCUUGCUCUUCUGUGGUUUCUGAUCAGAAGCCAUCUGUGAUUCUUGUACUUGUUCCUUUUAAGCGUGAGUGAAGACAUCCGGCAUGGCUCAGGGAUCUGGGGACCAAAGAGCAGUGGGGAUUGCUGACCCAGAAGAAAGUUCUCCAAAUAUGAUAGUCUACCGCAAAAUUGAAGAUAUCAUUACGAAGAUGCAAGAUGACAAGACAGGUGGUGUGCCCAUCAGAACAGUUAAGAGCUUUCUCUCCAAAAUUCCCAGUGUUGUCACAGGUACUGACAUUGUGCAGUGGCUUAUGAAGAACCUUUCCAUCGAGGACCCAGUUGAAGCAAUACACUUGGGAAGCCUUAUAGCUGCCCAGGGCUACAUCUUUCCAAUCUCAGACCACGUUCUCACCAUGAAGGAUGAUGGCACCUUUUACCGUUUCCAGGCCCCAUACUUUUGGCCUUCGAACUGCUGGGAACCUGAAAACACCGACUACGCCAUCUAUCUCUGUAAGAGGACAAUGCAGAAUAAAGCAAGGCUGGAGCUGGCAGAUUAUGAAGCAGAAAACUUAGCAAGACUCCAGAGGGCCUUUGCAAGGAAGUGGGAAUUCAUCUUUAUGCAAGCAGAAGCACAAGUGAAGAUAGAUCGAAAAAAGGACAAGACAGAAAGGAAAAUUUUGGAUAGUCAAGAACGGGCCUUUUGGGAUGUGCACAGGCCAGUGCCAGGCUGUGUGAACACAACAGAAAUGGACAUCAGAAAAUGCCGGCGUCUGAAGAACCCACAAAAGGUUAAAAAGUCUGUGUAUGGCGUGACUGAAGAAUCCCAGUCGCAAAGCCCCGUGCACAUACCCAGUCAACCAAUCAGGAAAACUACAAAAGAGGACAUCCGGAAACAGAUAACAUUUUUGAAUGCACAGAUUGACAGACAUUGUUUAAAAAUGUCCAAAGUGGCUGAAAGCUUAAUUGCUUACACGGAACAGUAUGUGGAAUAUGAUCCUUUGAUCACCCCAGCCGAGCCGUCCAAUCCCUGGAUCAGCGACGAUAUCACUUUAUGGGACAUAGAGAUGAGCAAAGAGCCCAGCCAGCAGCGAGUCAAGAGAUGGGGCUUCUCUUUCGACGAGGUAUUAAAGGACCAGGUGGGGCGGGACCAGUUCCGGAGAUUCCUGGAGUCGGAGUUCAGCUCAGAAAACCUCAGGUUCUGGUUGGCUGUCCAAGACCUCAAGAAACAACCCCUGCAGGAUGUGGCCAAGAGGGUAGAAGAAAUCUGGCAAGAGUUUCUGGCUCCAGGGGCCCCGAGUGCAAUCAACCUGGAUUCUCAUAGCUACGAGAUAACCAGUCAAAAUGUCAAAGAUGGAGGGAGAUACACAUUCGAAGAUGCCCAGGAACACAUCUACAAGUUGAUGAAGAGUGACAGCUAUGCCCGCUUCCUCCGGUCGAAUGCUUACCAGGACUUGCUGCUGGCCAAGAAGAAGCCAGAAAGUGAGCCAGGUCGUAGAACUUCCUUAGAAAAGUUCACUCGCAGUGUGUGCUGCUGGCGCAGAGUCAGAAUGGCCGCUGCAUUUCACCCCCGAGGUGGCUUCCUUCCAGCAGUGGGGAAAGUCGCUGGCGGGCAAGCGCCUCACCGGCCUGAUGCAGUCCUCCUGACGGUGCCCACCGCAGGGCCCGGGCCCGACGACCCCGCGGGCAGGCGGCGGCGCUCCACCUCCGCGGACAGAGGCUCCCUGCGGGGAGACCUGGUCACUGUGAAAGAGAAGGAGUGAGGGCGCUGGCGGGCGGCCCAGGGGAGCCCCGGUGGGUGACCGGGGACGCCGCCGUGCCAAGUCCGCAGAGCCCGGGGUCGGCCCCCGCAGAGGCCCCUGUUUACAACCCUCUCGUCCUUGUAUAGUUGUGCGCCGACACCCCGUUCUCUAGGAGGUCCUGGGCCCUGACUCGCCCGGGCCGGCGCCCCGUGGGGCUCCCGUCGUGACUGUCACUCCAGAUUACAAUCUUCCCCCCCUGGCUGGGGGAUCAGGCCUCCCUGCAAACGCCAGAGGGGCCGGCUGGCCCUGAGCACAUCCAGUAUUACGCCCGCCUCCCCCCCGGCUCCGGUGCACCCGCGGCACCCCCGUAGUGACAGCCACUGUGUCCCGACCGCCCCCUCCCCUCCCCACGUCUGUGUAAGCCCUCCCCGCCAAUGCCACGUGUCCCCGGUGCGGCCACAGUGCUGAGCAACCUCGCCGAUCGCUUCCCCACCAGCUCCUUCAGGCCCCGAGGCCAGCCUUCCGAGAGGUCCCCGCCGGCCUGGGGCUGCCCGCGCACCUGUCACAUGCCUCAAGGCCCCACACCAGAGGAAGCACCGAGUGGACGAAAGAGCUUGUGGCUCGGCAGGCUGUGGAGGUUCUGACCACCUUUUAAACCAUUUAUCAUUUCCCCAUUUAUUCUGGUUUUGCCCCUUCUCCUUGGUUUGUUCCCCUGUGUUUUACUCAAAAUAAACAUGGCCAUGAACUCAGGGCCACUGGGGUCCUCCCCUCUGGCAGCCCCCCCGCCCCGGGGUGCGGGGAGGUGGCUGGGUCACUCGGCUGGCAGCCCCAACGACAUGGUGGCGUCCUGACAGGCACGACCGGGCCCCUGCCCGGCCAGGUCUCCGCUGGGGCUGAAGUUGGGACUGAAGCUGCCACAGAGGGCCUAGGCCAGGGCCAAAUGGUUCUCCGACAGCCCGGCGAAGGCGCCGCUAAGCAAAGUUGGUCCUCAAGGAAAAAGCAGACACAAAGCAAAACCUGCAAGAACCUGCAAAAAAUCCACUUGUACUCCCUUCAUGUGUAUGUCAAAAUGACUAUCUGCCAACUGGCCGUGAGGUAAUAUAUGUAAAGCACCGAGUCAGGUGCCUGGCGCGUAGUAGGUGCUCAGCAAACGGUAGCUAUUACUCUCCUCAUUGUCACUGUCACCAUUGUGAUGCCUGUGAGCCCUCGGACGAAGUGGUAUGAAGCCACACGUGGUUGAAUUCAGACGCUCACGCCACCUGCUAGAACUAGCCUCCUUUGAUCUGUUUUUGUCCAUAGGUAAAAAUUUUCCUGGGGGAGUAUAUAAAUAGCAAACACAGAAGCAAAAAAAAAAAAAAAAAAAAAAGUGAUCACUGGUAUUUCUUUACUCACGUAGGCAGAUUCACCAGCUGGUGACCAAAGGCUCAUAAGCUUAUUCGCAGACCUUGCCUCCUGGGUGCUUCCAUGACCAUCUCUGCAGCCCCAUGUCUGUGCUGUCGUGUGUCCAUUCCACAGAGCCCUGUCCCCAGGGCACCAGCCUUCCAUCCCUCCCAGCAGGGCCACUCUGGGCAGUGGGAGACUUGGCUCCAGUUGUACCCUUGUGGGUUCUUGACUACUAUGCCUCAGUCUCCCCCACUGGCAGUCGUUGCUCUCUCUGCCAAGUACACUAGACAGUAGAGAGAUGACAUGUGUUAGGUCCUCAGGUUGCCUUCAGCAGUGGCAAUAGACACCCGGAUUCUCGUCAGGCACUCCCACACCCUGGUUCCACAAAACCUCCGCACAGGUCCUGGCCCUCAUAGAUACUCGGUAACUACUUGAUGAGUAAAUGAAUGCAAGGAAGCCCUAUCCCAUGUUAUGGGGUCUCUGGACUCCUCUCUUUGUUCCACCCUUUUUUAUCUCCUUGCCUUUCACACAGGGCUCCUUUUCCAGAACCAAAAUGCAGUCCAAGUAUUUCUGCACCCAACAUUGCCCCAAAGAAGCUCCUCCCGGUCAAGGGUCCCCAAGAUGUUGUUGACAUCGAGGCAGUAGGUAUGUGGACAAAGGACAUUCUAGCACAGCAGGUGCCUCUGUGCCCUCAGUUACCCAGGGCAAAGUCCUGGCUGCCUCCUGCCCUUCCGCAUGGGCUGCAGACAGGGCAGGGUUGGCUUCCCCAGUACUCCUGGCCUCUGUUUCUGAGCGAUGGUGGCCAAGACUUGGCCAACCCUGGAGGGCCCCAGAGAGCCACCCCCCCAGAGCCAGGUGGACUGUACCCCUGAGACAGCGCAGGCUGAAGGUAUCUAAAUACCCCUGGGGACAUCCAGAGGGAAGGCAUGCCAGAAGGCUCAAAAGAGGAAAGGGUGCUCCGGAUGCAUUCAGACACAGAGCAAUAAAUCCCAUCACCCCACCUCCCAACCAGGCAUGCUCAGUUCUGUGGCCACCAUGUGCUCCCCAGUAGAUCAAGCCAAGCAACAUGGGGAGUGGGAGGUGGGGUUGCUCUGCCCAGUUGGUCAGUCCUAGGUCAGUCUACUGUGCAGACCUUAGAUUGCAAGCACACUUGGAAAAUACGGUCUUGGCCAGUUCCCCAUUGGCCUGGUCUACACAGCCAAAACUUCAAACCAGAUUAGACUUUGGAAAGCAGUUCUAUAGCAAAGCAGUUUCCCCUCCCUCCAGAAGCUUCCUUAGCUCCCUUGACUGGGCACAGUCUCUGGACCUGGGAUUCUUCCCAUUCAGAGCUCCUGGGACAAAUAUCACAUUGGCAGCCCCACAGCCAAAGCUUCAGGGGAGCCACAGAAGCAACCAUCGAGCCAGCAAGUCAGAUGCACAGACAUCAGGCAUUGGACAUCAGACUGAGAUCACCUCCGCCUCAAGGGAAGAAAAAAACUGGGGGCUGGGCCCGUGUAAGUGCCCAGCAACAGCCAGAGGGCUCAGUCCAAGCAGCAGGAACUCUCUCGCUGGGGAGAGGGCUUCUUCCCUUCCAGAAAGUGACGCUGUCAGGUGUGGCUGAACCCCAGGAACAAGGUGGGGCCCGGCCCCCGGGGGCAGUCAGCUGAGCUGUGCUACUGGCCCCACCAAGGCCGAGGGGUCAGGCACAGGCCAGCACCCCAGAGUUGUUGCGUAGACCUGUGAACACGUGGGGACAUGCUCCAGGGGCGCUUUUCCUGGCAGGAUCGCUGGGGUGUUCAAACUACCUCACCAACGGGACCCUGAACCGGGAGCCUGCCGCCCAUCUGGCCUUUUUGCUAUUGCUGGAAGUUGAUGUUUCUCCUAAAACGCACCCUUCCCAUUGUGCUCCAAAUGCAUGGGCUUCAGAAGCCACCACUAAGAAGCCUUGCGCCACGCUGGAAAGGCUAGGGGGCUGUUGGUCUUUGGGCCUUGCGGAGAAUGUUGGAGGGAGGUGCUCCAAGAAGGGAGCUGGAAAGCCCUGAGGCUGGGGGAAGAUCAUGGGCCACCAGCCUCCAGGGGGUCUGGCCAGGCCGAGUAUGGAGCGAGGGCCGUAGGAGGCAUAGUUGACUAGUGGUCAAAUGAACUCACUCCGGGACCCUCUGAAAAGAGUUCUGUGCUAUUGUCACAAUGGCAAGGGCAAAUGCCAGCAGCCUACUCAUUAGUACCACCCAGUGAUAAGGCCUCCCCUGGGCGCGACCCAGGGGCCAUCAAGUAGCAAAGUAGCAAAUGUAGCAAUAAGGGGCUCGAGGCCUUAAGGGACAGGGUCCAAAUGAUCCAGUCUUGGCCCUCUCCCCAGUCCCAAGGAGGGCUCAGAGCCAGCUGCUGCCAGCUGUCCGGGGAGGGCUCCUGGUCUAUAUACUAUGCCCACUCACAGCAUGAUCACGGACACGUCGGAAUGGCCUUCUCAUAGUGCAUGGGGUUCUCAUUAGUUUAUUUUUCUGGAAUUUGGGGUUCGGACCCCAGAACCAAACAUGCUGGUACCGUCUAAAAAUAAAUGACUUUAACCCACUAUAAUCCAA